AUGGGCAAUAAGAAGAAGUAUGUACUUCGAGUCUAUCUCAACGACAAGUACUACAUAAAAGACUCCAAUGAUUUCCGAUUCGAACUGGAUUUCAUUGACUAUUUGAUCAAAGAUCAUGGGAUUCCAACGGUACAGCCCAUCAAAGCAAAGAACGGCGACUGGUUAAGUCAAAUCCGGUUUGGAGAGCUACCCCAGGAAGGAGCAGCAAUAAAAACAACCGCAGCAACCAACAACUUCAUUCGGCACGCGGCACUUUUCGAAUAUGCUCCAGGAAUUGAAGUGGCGAAUAAUAAUAUGGAGUUGACACCUGCCCACUUCAAGAUCCUUGGAGAGUUGCAAGCUCGCAUCCACCAAGCCGCCGAUCAAUUUACUAAUCCUAACAAUCAUCAUCGGUACCAACAGGAUGUUUCGACAUAUCUUCUCGAUGAACCGCUCAAAACACUGGAACGAGAACUAUCCAGGUACAAUAUGCAGCAGCAGAUGGACUUUUUUAAGCCAACUGCUCAAGCCAUCCGCGACAAGGUGGCGAAACUACCAAAAGAGAAGCCAUACUAUGGUUUGAAUCAUGGCGACUUGCAUCCUGGUAAUAUGUUUUGGGAUGAUGCCACGCAGACGUUUACUGUUAUCGAUUGGGAUCAUUCGGCCUAUGGAUGGCGUGUCUAUGAUUCCGCAUCUAUGGUCAGCCCGCACAAGUUGACAUUCUUCUUGAUGGGCUAUGAAUCUGUGCGUCCAUUGUCGCCGGAGGAAAAGGAAGCGAUACCUCUGUUUAGGUUGCUCAGAGACAUUUGGGACUUUGGUGAUAUUCUCGCGUUUCAACCCUUGUGGGGAGAUGAUAAUGCCAGUGAUGAAAAUAGGAAGGAAGAGCUCCGUGGCUACCUCGAUCGGCUUCGUCGGGUUGCCACAGCUUUCGAAGAGCAGUACGGUGAUGGCAAAGCGGCAGUAAAUCAGGCGAACACGUUCUGA